AUGGCUGAAGAACAUUUGAACUCUAAUUUUGAAGAUGUUGGAAUCGAAGGUAUAAUUUCAGGUUUUCAGCGUUUGUCGCCUUCUACUGAAAGGACUUUCAAACCUAGUGUACCUUCUUCUAUAACACCGGUUGUUGGCAUGGUUUUCUCAUCUUUGGAUGCUGCAUAUGAGUUUUAUCAAAUUUAUGCCAAGAAAGGAGGAUUUUGUGUAAGGAAGGGGUCUCAAACUGAAAAAAAUGGUUUCAUUGCAUAUAAGUACUAUACAUGUUCAAAGGAGGGUCAUAAGCCAUUUAAGAAGUUUGAUGGAGUUCUAGAAGUUGUUAAAGAUGGAAAAAAGCCAAGAAAGGGUAGGAAUAGGCCCUCUAUCCGUACGGGUUGUAAUGCACAUAUUGCAUUAUAUUCUGAUGAUGGCAAAUCGUAUAAUCUAUAUAGGUUUGUAGAACAACAUAAUCAUACUUUGAUUUCUCAAGAAGAUAUGCAAUUUGUUCCGUCAUCAAGGAAUUUAACGGUUAUGAAACAAAAGAGAAUAUAUUCUUUGUCAACGUUAAACCUAGGUCCUGUAAAGUCAUUUAACAUCAUGAGGACCGAAUAUGGUGGUUUUGAAGAGGUUGGUGCAACUGCUGUGGACUGCAAGAAUUUUAAAAGAGAUUUAAACUGUUUCAUUGGAGAAUACGACGCUGAAAUGAUUGUUCAAAGAUUGACCAAUAAGAAAGAAUAUCUGCGGGAUUUUUCAUUUGAAUAUACUGUAGAUUCAAAUGGUUGUUUGACAGGGUUAUUUUGGGCAGAUGAAGUUUCUAAACAGAAUUAUUUGGUUUUUGGUGAUGUAAUAUCAUUUGAUGCAACUUUCAAAACGAACAAAUACAAAAUGGUUUUUGUUCCGUUCACUGGCAUUGAUAAUCAUUUUCAUAAUGUGAAUCUUGGAGCUGGUCUAAUUGCAAAAGAAACUACUGAGUCUUAUGUGUGGUUAUUGACAUGUUUUUUGAAUGCAUUUGGUCAUCAACCAAAGGUUGUAGUUACGGAUCAAGAUGCCGCUAUGAAGGCAGCAAUUGAAACUGUUUUCACGGAUAGUAGACAUCGAUUAUGUAUGUGGCAUAUUAUGAAGAAAGUAGCGGAUAAGGUUGGGAAUGUAUUGUGUAAUGAUGAUACUUUUAAACGUCGUGUUUGCAAUAUUGUGUGGACAGAUGCAAUUGAACCUGAAAUGUUUGAGAAGGAAUGGCAAGAAAUAAUUCAUGACUUUGGUCUUUUACAGAAUAUUUGGUUAGAAAGUAUGUUUGACUUAAGAUCGAUGUGGAUUCCUGCUUUUUAUCGUGAUGAACCUAUGUCAGGGCUUAUGCGUACUACUUCAAGGUCUGAAAGUGAAAAUCAAUUUUUUGGUAGUGUUUCAAACUCGCAAUUGACUCUUGUAGAGUUUUUUAGUCAUUUUGAUAUGGCAAUUGAAGCUCAAAGAUAUAAUCAUCGAAAAAAUGAUCAUGAUACGCGUAAUACUGAGUAUGAUAAUUGGACUGAUUCUCCUCUUGAAGUACAUGCUCAUAAGUUGUAUACUAGGGCCAUAUUUUUUGAUGUUCAAGAAGAGAUCCUUGCUAGUUUUGAGAAAUGUUUUUCAGUUAAUGUCAAAGAAGAAGGAGAGAAUGCAAGGUUCUUUAUUAGAGAUAUUUCGGCUUUUGGAAAUGGGUUCUUUGAGGUAUUAGCUAAAGUUGAUGAUGAAUUUUCUGCUUCGUGUUCUUGUAAAAGAUUUGAGCAAUACGGGUUAUUAUGUCGACAUGUUUUCCUUGUCAUUCGAAUGUUUGAAAUUGAAGAAAUUCCUGAAAAGUACAUUUUGAGGCGUUGGAUAAGGGAAGCAGUUAGAAAUAGAGCCAAUUGUUCUUUUUUUGCGGAAGAUAGUUCGAAUGUCAAUAUUGAUGAGGCAAAUCAGGUUGUUCGCGAGAUUAUGCUUGCUAGUGAAUGCCUUUGUAAUCGAUUUUUUUCAAAUAAUGAAGAACUGAUCAAGAUUAGAGAUGAACUGAAAGGAAUGAUUCAAAAGGCAGAUGAGAGUAGUAAGACUGGGCUGGUUUUUAAAAAAAAAGAUAUGAUGGCUUCUCUUCUUGGAUAUAAUCUACCAUCAACAUCAACUGUUAAACUUCCUCCUGGUAUUAGAAACAAGGGACGUGGAUCACACAGGAGAAUUAAAUCCAAAAAAGAGAAAGCAGCUAGUCGUAUGGGGAAAAGGCAUCGAGGAUGUAAGGUAUGUGGGAUGGUGGGUCAUGAUAUUCGAACAUGCAGUGCACUUGUUCGUCCAGUUGUAGAGGGUGCAGUUUCUACAGAUAAAUAG